AAGUCCUUUUAACACAUUUUGUAAUUUGAUACUUGAAACAGAUGAUGGAUUGAUGAUUGGUGCAAAUAUAAGUCUUUCCAAAUUCCAAGAAGUUUUACAAGAUGCACUCAAACAUUAUGAGUCUUAUCAAACUCAAAUAUUUAAAGCGCUCUUGGAAAACCUUCGUUGGUUUGCUGGAAAUCAAAUCCGUAACGUAGCUACACCAGCAGGAAACAUUAUUACAGGCUCUCCGAUUUCAGAUUUGAAUCCAAUUUUCCUUUCAUCAAAAACCUUAUUCUCUCUAUCAUCCUUAGAACCGUCAUCAAUGCAAACAAUAAAUCGAGUUGUUUUAUCUGAAUCAUUUUGGACUGGAUAUAGAAAAAAUUGUUGUGAAGAAACUGAAAUUCUUGAAAAAAUUUUUAUUCCUUGUACAAAGCAAGGUCAAUAUAUCAGAGCUUAUAAACAAGCUAAGAGACGAGAUGAUGAUAUUGCUAUUGUUAAUGCUGGGCUAUCGGUAUUACUGGAUGAUGAUAAUCAAGUGAGAGAGGCUGCAUUCUCCUUUGGAGGAAUGAGUUGGGUUACCGUUAGAGCGCCCGUAUCUGAAAAUUUUAUUUUGGGAAAAACUUGGGGUGAUCAAAAUGUGUUAAAAGGACUUCUUCAAAAGUUGUGUGAGGAGUUUAAUUUGAAAUUUUCCACCCCAGGCGGCAUGGCAACAUAUCGCAGAUCUUUAGUUGCAGGAUUUAUGUACAAGUUUUGGUGUGAUGUUUCAAAAUCUAUUAAUAUAAUGGUGGAUGAUUGUGGUGAUAAUAUUGAAAAUUUUGUUGGGAUAAUUGAACGUGAUAUUUCAAAAGGUGUUCAAAUUGUUGGCCAGACUGAGAAAGACAAAUUAAUUGUUGGAAAACAAAUCCCUCAUGCAUCAGCUAUGAAGCAAGUUACUGGUGAAGCGAUGUAUAUUGAUGAUAUACCAAAAAUUCAGGGCGAAUUAUAUGGUGCAUUGGUUUUGUCACAAAAUGCUCAUGCAAAAAUUUUAGGAAUUGAUGCAACUGAAGCAUUGGCUCAACCUGGCGUAAAAGGGUUCUAUUCGGCAAAGGAUGUACCUGGAAAUAAUAUUUGGGGGCCUAUAUUGCAUGAUGAAGAGGUUUUCGCUAGACAAAUCAUCGGUUUAAUAGUUGCUGAAACUCAAACAAUUGCACAAGAAGCUGUGGGCUUAGUGAAAGUAAACUAUUUGGUGCUACCUCAUGUUUUAACCAUCGAAGAAGCGAUUAAAAAUAGUAGCUUCUUCCCAAUGGAUAGAUGCAUUGUAAAAGGAGAUGUAGAAGAAGGUUUCAAAAAGGCUGAUUUUGUUUUUGAAGGUGAAACAAGAAUUGGUGGUCAAGAACAUUUUUAUUUGGAGACUCAGGCUGCGUUAAUAAUUCCAAAAAUCGAGGAUAAAGAAUUCGAAAUUUAUGCAUCAACCCAAAAUCCUACUGAGACACAACUUAUGGUUGCCUCAACACUUGGUAUUGAUGCUAAUAAAGUUGUAUGUCGAGUUAAAAGGUUAGGUGGUGGUUUUGGUGGAAAAGAAACGAGAAGUAUUCCUUUAUCAUUAGCAUUAGCAGUUGGUGCAUGGCAUCUUAAAAAACCUAUUAGGUGUAUGUUAGAUCGUGAUGAAGAUAUCGUUAUAUCAGGACAAAGACAUCCUUUCCUAGGGCGGUGGAAAGUUGGGGUGACUAAGGAUGGAAAAUUACUGGCAAUGGACGCGCAAGUUUACAAUAAUUGUGGUUGGUCAGCAGACCUUUCUGCAGCCGUACUUGAGCGUGCCAUGACACAUUUAGAUAAUUGUUAUUAUAUACCGAAUAUGCGAGUAACUGGACGUCUUUGCAAGACAAAUAUUCAUUCAAACACAGCUUUUAGAGGAUUUGGGGGUCCUCAAGGGAUGCUUAUUACCGAAAAUUUUAUGAAUGAGGUUGCAGACCGUAUGGGUAUUGAUGUUAAUGAUUUUAGAACACUCAAGGAUUGGCAUUUACCCUUAAUUUAUCGUCAAGUUAAAAACGACAGUGAAUUUGAAAAGCGAAGAAAAGAAAUUGAUGAAUUUAAUUCUGAACAUAAAUGGCGUAAAAGGGGUUUAGCCUUGAUACCAACCAAAUUUGGAAUUUCGUUUACUGCAUUGCAUCUUAACCAAGCAGGAGCUCUGGUGCAUAUUUACCAAGAUGGAAGCGUUCUUAUAAAUCAUGGCGGUGUUGAGAUGGGACAAGGUCUUCAUACCAAGAUGUUGCAGAUUGCUGCUGAAACUUUGGAUGUCCCAUUGGAAACCGUUCAUUUAAUGGAAACUGCCACAAAUUUAGUCGCCAAUACUUCAGCCACAGCCGCUAGUGCUAGUAGUGAUAUUAAUGGGUAUGCUGUAUCCAAUGCUUGUAAAACUUUGGUUGAAAGACUAAAGCCUUAUCGAGAGAGAAUGCCAGAUAAAAUAAAUUUGUCCGCUAAUGGAUAUUACAAAACCCCAGAUAUCGGUUAUGACUGGGAGAAAAACGAAGGACAAUUGUUUUUUUAUUUUACGAUGGGCGCAGCAUGUACAGAAGUUGAGAUUGAUGUAUUAACAGGCGAUCAUACAAUUUUGAGAACCGAUUUAUGCAUGGAUAUUGGUAGAAGCAUAAACUAUGCGAUAGAUGUAGGACAAAUUGAGGGUGCUUUUGUACAAGGUGUUGGAUGGUGUACAAUUGAGGAAACCUUACAUUUUCCAAAUGGACAUGUAUUUACCAAAGGACCUGGAAAUUAUAAACUACCCGGAUUCAGGGACAUACCACAAGAUUUUAGGAUAUAUACAUUGAAAAAUGCUUCGUAUCCUAACUUAAAAACUAUUCAUAGUAGUAAAGGCGUAGGUGAACCUCCGUUGUUUUUAGGAAGUUCGGUGUUUUUUGCUAUUAGAGAUGCGAUUAAAUCUGCAAGAGAAUCUAAUAACAAUAAAAAAGCAGUAGUUUUAAGUUCACCCGCAACUCCUGAAAUAAUUCGAAUAGCAUGUGAUGAUGAGAUUGUAAGAAAUUGUAAAGUUGAGAAGGAAGAUGGAGAACAUGUGUGGGUACUUAGAGCUUAG